AUGGAUAGCCUCUUAAAGCGAGCAGAGGAAGAAGCCACACAGCAGUACCAAGAUGCAGAAUCUGAUGCCAUGAAAGCUCAAGUAGAAGGCACAAUUGAAGCCAAGUCAGAGGAAGAUGGAGAAACAGCAAAAUUCACAGAGAUCGGGUCGGAAGAAGCUGGUCUGGCAACGGCGGAGCAUCUACAAGAAGAAUCUCAAUCAGAAGACCUCCAAAAAACAUACAAGACCACUACCAAUCAAAUCAAUGAAACGGCCAAAACUGAGAAGGUGGCAAAAACAACACAAAAAGAGGCAACAGAAAGAGAAAGAGUGCCUCUAGGAAAUACCAACCAAAAAGGAGACAGGAUCCAGCAAACCACAGUACUAUGUCAGACAAGCGGGCCGUCACCACGGUCUACAAAGGACAACCCUGUCGAACAGGUCAACAGAGCCCGUCCCGUUGGCAAAGAAAAUACGCUGGAAGAGACCGCAGGCGUGCCUACCAAAGGGUUGCGAAGAAACACAGGGCCGGCAGCAGUAGGGGCACACCAUGUAAAACCAAGUGCCGCCGUGGUUGGUGCGCAGGCCCACGGAAAUACAACACAAGAGACCACAGGUAUGGCUGCCAAAGGGUUACGAAGAAACACAGGGACAACAGCUGCAGAGGCACAUUACGUAAAACCGAGUGCCGCUGUGGUUGGUGCUCAUGCCCAAGAACACACGCUGGAAGUGGCCACAGGUAUGCCUGCCAAAGGGUUACGAAGAAACACAGGGACGACAGCUGCAAGGGCACAUCAUGUACCAAGUGCCACCGUGGUUGGUGCUCAUGCCCAAGAAAAUACGCUGGAAGUGACCACAGCGGCAACAAGUCAUGGUGCCCGGUGCCUACCCGAUGGCAGGGACGGGAAUGUCCAACUUAACUAUUAA